CCAAUAGCCUAUCGUCUCUUCAUGAGCCAAUAGCAGUCGCUGUCCGACAUCACCGUGCAUCUUAUUUCCGUACCAUUGCAGUACCAACAUCAUGGCUAGGGGAAUUCCGCCUGUGGGUUCGGCCAUUCCGGCCAACCCCUACCCCAAGCCACGAGAUAUUCAAGCCACGCACACUGAAUGCGAGUUGUGCCAGCGUUCCAUCAUGACCAAAGACUGGGCCGCUCAUCGCGUCUCCAAGAAGCACCGCGCUCUUGAUGACGCCUCACGCGACAAGGAGAACCAGAAGGGGAACGCCACUGGUCUAACCCAGUUCACAGACGACCCGAUCAAUAGUGACUCCAAUGAAUUCGGCGGCAACUGGGGAGACACUUCAUUCGAUACCAGUGCCUCCAACACUGGGCUUGAUAGUGGCUCUGGAAACGAUGCCUGUUAUGGCUGUGGUGAGAUGGGCCACAGCAAACGCGACUGCCCCAAGGGUGGAGGCGGCCAGCGUGGAUGCUUCAACUGUGGUGACGUUGGGCAAGUCACAAGAAAUCCAAUAAUUCACAACAAAGUCGACUGCCACAACCCACGUCAGGGUGGGGGGGCUGGAGAUCGUGCCUGUUAUGGUUGUGGCGAAGUUGGACACAGCAAGCGUGACUGCCCUAAUGGAGGUGGUGGCGGAGGCGGUGGCAGAGGCGGUGGUGCUUGUUAUAAUUGCGGUGAGGCCGGCCAUAGCAAGCGUGACUGCCCUCAGGGUGGUGGAGGAGGAGCAGGCGGCGGCGGUGGCAACGGCCAGUGCUUCAACUGCUACGAGUAUGGCCACCGGAAGAUUGAGUGCCCCAAUGAACGUGUGUUGAAGUGUAGGAACUGCGAUACGGUUGGUCAUAUUAGCAGAGAUUGUCCUGAACCCAAAGACUGGUCCAAAGUUCAAUGCAACAACUGCAAGAAUAUGGGACACACUUCCAAGCGCUGCACUGAACCCUCAGCUGAAGAGACAGGCUGCGGUGAGGGUGGUGGACAUAGCGGCGGAGUCUCUGCUACUGGCGGAUGGGAAAAUGGGGGAGGUAAUGCAAGCAUUGAGCCCACAAGCAUCGAAGCAGCUGGCGAUUGGGCCGACGAUGGUGCGGGAGGCGCUGACACCUGGGGUGGUGCGCAGAUUUCUACCUGGUAAACUCACUAUUUUACCGGGUGGACUUCUCCCGUCCACAAUACUUCAAUUUCGAAGAUGCGGAGUUCUUCACGGAUCAUAGCUCUUCGCCAAUCAUGGGGUUGAUAGUUUUGGUUGCACAUAUCCUUCUACGAUGGCUAUGGUGUAAUCGGAUUUCAAAGUUGGGAACAUACUGAG